UGUUACAUACAUGCGGCUGGAUGGAUCAGUUGAAUCAGAAAAGCGUUUUGAAGUUGUGAAGGCCUUCAAUUCUGACCCGACCAUUGAUGUUCUUCUGCUUACGACACAUGUUGGUGGGCUUGGUCUGAACCUGACAUCAGCUGACACCCUUGUUUUCAUGGAACAUGACUGGAAUCCAAUGCGGGAUCAUCAGGCAAUGGACAGAGCGCACAGAUUAGGUCAGCGAAAAGUUGUUAAUGUUCAUCGUCUCAUAAUGCGAGGAACCCUGGAAGAGAAAGUAAUGAGCCUCCAGAAGUUCAAAGUGUCAGUUGCUAAUGCUGUCAUUAAUGCAGAAAAUGCUAGUCUGAAAACAAUGAAUACAGAUCAGUUGCUUGAUCUAUUUAUGUCGGCUGAAAGCAAAAAGGGAGCUAACACAUCGAAAAUCUCUGAUGAAAACUUUGAUGGGCAACCAAAAUUAUCGGGUCGUGGAAAGGGGUUAAAAGCCAUCCUCGGUGGCCUUGAAGAACUUUGGGAUCAAUCACAGUACAGUGAAGAAUACAAUUUGAGCAACUUCUUAGGCAAACUAAGUGGCUAA